UAAAGAAGAAGAAAAAGCAGAUCGCUUGGUUGCUAACACGGAAGCAGCGCGGCGUGAAAACCUCGUAGCAUUACAUCUACAAAAACCAUAUUAUUUGCUUCUUGAGGUUUUAGGAUUGGAUCCAGAGUCCUGUUCCCCUUUUUUUUUUUUUUUUUUAAUCACCAUUUACUACCACUACUAUCAAGCCUGCAUCCCAUGGUUUAUAGAUUUGUAUCUGUCUAAAAUAAAGGAAUUGGCGGUGGACGGACUAAUUUUUGGGACUAGGAAUAGGAUAUGGACCACUUCCACUGCUAUUUGUGAAAGCCAGAGGUGAUCUUUAAAGUCUGCAGCUGCCCCCCAUUCUGUGUCAGCAGAGCCACUCCUCUUCCAACAUGUCUGACGGCCGUAUCUAUGUGGGAAAUCUUCCAGUGGAUAUCCAGGAGAGAGACAUUGAGGAUCUCUUCUUCAAAUAUGGAAAAAUUCGUGAAAUUGAAUUGAAGAAUAAUAGAGGCACCAUCCCUUUUGCAUUCAUCCGAUUUGAAGACCCACGGGAUGCAGAUGAUGCCGUCUAUGGAAGGAAUGGAUAUGGAUAUGGGAACUCCAAGCUGCGUGUGGAGUACCCCAGAUCCACCUCCGGUAAGCCUGGUCCAAUGGGAGGAGGAGGUGGAGGAGCACCAAGAGGACGGUUUGGACCCCCAACUAGAAGAUCUGAAUUCCGGGUCAUAGUGACUGGGCUACCCCCAACCGGGAGCUGGCAGGAUCUGAAGGACCACAUGCGAGAAGCAGGAGAUGUUUGUUUCGCAGAUGUUCAGCGAGAUGGAGAAGGCGUGGUUGAAUUCCUCCGCAGGGAGGACAUGGAGUAUGCACUGCGUAGAUUGGAUCGGACAGAGUUCCGUUCACAUCAAGGCGAGACCUCUUACAUCCGUGUCUUUGAGGAGAGAGGGGCUUCCAGCUGGGGCCAGUCACGCUCUCGUUCCAGAUCCAGAGGUCGCUAUUCUCCACCUUUCUUUAACAGAGGAUCUUCUCCUCCUCCUCGCUACCAGUCGCCUCCACGCCAUGCCAUGUCACGUCAUAGCCCACCUCCCAGGAGGCACCCUCCACAGCAUAGCCCACCACCACGUCAUUACCGAUAAAAAGGCUAAUGAUACAUUUACAGAGGAGUUGGAGGAAAUAUUUUGUAAUUCUGCAUUUUUAACCUCAAUCUUCAGGCCUCCUUGUAGGACACAUGGUAAUUUGUUGUUGUGUACAUUCCGUGAUUGGGAAACCCUAAACAGCUUGCUCCCACAGCCUUAAAGAGGCCUUUUUCAAUUUUUUUUUUAACGUUAUUAUAAUUCUGAUUUGUAUCACCAUCUUACCUUCUUUUUUUUUUUAAAGAUUUCUUGGCUAUACAAUACACAUUUGUGUAGGUUUUAGUAUUUGCCAGUCUAAGAAGCUGUGAAAAUAGCCAGCAGUGUAAUACCAGUUAGUCUUUUAACUGAGCCUUGUGUUGUUUUUUGGGAAGGUUUUUGUCCCUUAAUGUGUGGACAUUACUUCAAGGUGGCCUGAAGGUGGAAUAUAAUGUGUAUGCUUAUAAUGUUCAUUUUUCUUUGCCAAUAAAGUGUAAAAUUUUAAAAA